AUGAUUCCCACUCGGUGCUUGGCCGCUCAAGGCGGAUUCUUCAAACGCAGCGCCGAUGAGCUCGGCCGGCUUUCGCGCAUUGCUUGGAACACCGAAACCCUUCACACUCCCACCAAGCCUCAUGUUCUGCUCAACUUCGAAGAUGAGGCGGAUGUCGAUGGCUGCAAAACCAUGGCCGACCGUGCCGUAGGCGGAUUCAGCACCGCCAGCCUCGACUUCGAGCCCGGCGAUGCCUCGUCGAACACGCCUCCCCAUGCCCGGUUCCACGGCAACAUUUCCACCAAGCUUCCACCGAACUGGCGCGUCGAACGAACCGAAAUGCUGAUCGCUCUGGGGAUAACAACAGGAUAUGCCGCAUUCCGGAACAAAGACCGCGGCUUCUGGCUUUUCGGUCGUCUCUACUGGGAUGUCGACCCCUAUGCCUAUCUCGCCCUUCGCAUCAAGUCCGACGGUCGACGAUACACGGUGAACGUUCAAACGGACUCGGUGAUUGAGACGGAUAUCCAUCAGCACAGAUUAUACACACGGCACCAUCGCAUGCAGAAGGGCUCGCCACGGCGAGAAGAAGUCUUGCGAGAUGAAAUGUUUGACUCACCCGAACUCACCGACGCCGUGACUUCCCCACGUAUCCCGGCCGCCCUCUCAGACGUCCCGCCCGAGUCCACUAUCAUAUCUUCCUCGGCCAGUGCAAUCACCUCCGGCUCCACGGGGUGGGAGACUGUCCUCUUGCCUUUCAACUCAUUCGUUCGCACCAACCAUGGCUUUGUUGUCGAGCCGCAGACGUCUCUCCUUCGACAGCGAGUGAAAAGUGUCGGGAUCGGUCUCACGGACCGCGUCGAGGGGCCAUACGAUCUACGCAUCCAUAAGAUCUGGGCGACCAACGGAAUGGGUGAGGCGGAUAUCGGAGAGGAACGCCGCAUCUGCGGUGCCGAUGCGUUGUCGCUCGACGAGGGCGUUCGCACGAGCUGGAAGGAGACUGGCCAGACGCCGAGUGAAACGGCCGCUCAGCAGAAGAGCUCCCGGACAAAAGAAAAGGGACUGAAGGGUCUUCGGUCUGAAUGGGAGGAGUGA